AAUUCGACAAUCCAAUCCGCCGGGUGAUAAUAAAAAGGCAAGUGUUUAGUUGGUCGCGUGUUUAAUCAAAACAAAUGAAAUUUUGUGUAAGCGCGCGCAAGAAUAUAUUAAAAAUAAUUAUUAAUAUUCGUUAAAUUCAUAUUCCUAUUACAAUAAGUAGUUUAUCGGCUCAUAGGCAUUUAGAAAAGAACCACACAAAGCAAUGGCAGGCGUUUUGUUCGAAGAUAUUUUCAAUGUAAAAGACAUGGAUCCGGAGGGAAAGAAAUUUGACCGUGUUUCCCGACUGCAUUGUGAAUCUGAAUCGUUUAAAAUGGACUUGAUACUGGAUAUAAACUCGUGGUUGUACCCAAUGGAAUUGGGAGACAAGUUUCGUUUGGUACUGGCGACAACACUGCGUGAGGACGGCUGUCCGGAUAGUGGUGAAUUCAACCCUUUGGAACAGGAAGGCACACGUGCCGAUAGUUUCGAAUAUGUUAUGUUUGGCAAGGUGUACCGUAUUGAAGGUGAUGAGGCCCAUAAUGAAGCAUCUUCCCGGCUAUCAGCGUACGUUUCAUUUGGAGGACUGCUUAUGCGUCUACAGGGUGAUGCCAAUAAUUUACAUGGUUUUGAAGUAGACCAACAAAUGUAUUUGUUAAUGAAAAAGCUGGCAUUCUGACUGCUGUCAGCGUGUUGUGUGCAAAUUUCUGUACAUUUUGGCUUAUUUAUAAAGUAGGUUUUAUAUAUCUAAUAAAAAAAACUAUACAUUUUAAA